CUACCUGCUGGGUCACGACUGGCAACGUGGGGAAAACGUCUUCUAAGUGGCUGCAGACGCUUCAGCGGGUGUGGAAGUGAAACAUGUGCUGGCUCCAGCCCCGAGGCGUGGAUGGCCCAAUUAGAUGCUCUCUUACUUCUACUGGCUGAAGUUCUUCAGGGGGGGAGGGGUCACCGAGGUCAGGGGUUAUUUAGGGUCCGACCUUCAUUGACUUCCUAACGCGAAACUGAUGAGUUGGACAGCCUUUAUCAGGAGCAUUCGUAGAGACGCUAAAUGGUUUUAGCAGAGUUUUUCCUCACUUGUACGUCUUAAAGCUGUUGCUGUCUAACAUCAUGGUUCUCAACCUGUAGCAAAAGCCUCUGAUGGGAAUUAUUUGCAAAGAGACUUCUCAAAAUGAAGGUGCAAUAAAAAAAAAAAGAAAACUGGCAGUUCCCUGAAGUGGAUGACAACAAGCCAGGAGCAAGUGCUGGUGACUAUUUAUGCUACAUUUUAUGUUUCCAAAUCCAAAUUUUGAUCUGGGAAUUGCAUGGAACGCAACCUUAGAGAGAUAGUUUGUGUAUUAUAAAGUGAGGUUCUGUCAUCACUUGUUUGCUGAAAAUUAAAUAAAUACUCAUGAUGUUGUGAAGCUGACAGCUAGAUGGAUGCAUCCAAACCAACACAAAAUUUUUUUUUAUAUCUCUGGGUUACAAAGUUACAGUUUUAACAAUAUAUACUUUGAAGAAGUCAACAAUCACUAGUUAGUAACUCUAAAGAUGACAAAACAGCAGCAAGCAAGCAGCGAUCCAUGCUAAUUCACCUCCACGUAUUAAAGGUUUUGAAUAUUUUCAGAUUUUUCUAUAAAUCAUAUGGAUUUGAGAAACAAAAUGCAGCUUAAGAAGCAGAAUACAACACUACUGGACAAGCUAUCGGCUGGCAUUUGAAAAGUAGCCAAUUCAGAAGUGCCUUUCAUUUCGCUUGGCACAGAUUGACUGAUGCCCAGAGCAGUGGUGCCCAAAGUCCGUCCGAUUAGCUGCUAGCCUUCAGCAGAACCUCGCUUUUCUUUGUAAAGGUUUUGUUGACUCUAGUGGCCUUUAUUUGAAAGUAAUUAGACAGGAAAGAGAGUACUGUAAUAAGAGAGGGAGAAUACUUGCGGCAAAUGUUGCCUGGCCGGGAAUCGAACCUCCGACCACUGCCACGAGGACUAUGGCCUCAGUUUGUGGGUCAUGCUUUGCCCCCCAGAACCUCGCUUUUCUUAAUGAUCAUUUUAACCAUGAGACAAAACAAAAUACAUAAUAGUGAAAUUAAACCGCUCUCUGUUGCAAGACCACUCUGCCUGCAAGUAUGUUUGUGUCAAAAAAUUUCAAGAGAUGCAAAAUGUCCAAAGUUUUCUUUACUUGGAUCUCAGUAGGUUUCACAUGCAAUGUUGCUGCAUUUUGUGGCUUACUUCCUUGAAAUUCCAACUUCAGCUGAUGUUUCUGUUUAUUUGUCAAACAUGGAACUUAGAAAUUCAACUUCUGAGCAGAAACGUAACAAAGAGCACAAAAUCUGCUGCAUUACAUUUUCAAACCACCCGUUAAUAAAAGUUUGAGACAUUUGUCUAACAGUUAUGAGAGCAUUGGCAGAUCUUUAUGUAACUGUCAUUUAUAAACAAAUUUCGCAUAUAUUUCAUAACACACACUUUCCCCUCUGCCGAGAUGUGUUUCAGUCCACAUUUUAUGAAACUCUGGAGAAACGUGACGCAUCCCAAAGUCAUUCAGUGCUGGCUCAGAUGAUUGCAAGAUAUGGCAAUAAAAAAAAAAUAAAAAAUGUCUUUCUCCCUCAUACCAUAAAUCUUCUUCAUCCACAUAGCUAUUAUACCGCCUGAUCUGUGGUGCAUCAGGUUGUUUUUGCAGUCUGUGGUCACACAAGCAUGACCAAAGAUAAUAACAAAUAUCAGUGUGAAUUAGCUAAAUGUUAAAGAGCAAAAAACUGCAAAGACAUCAACAAUGUGUAAUUUGUGAAUGUUUCUGAUCUGCCUGACAAUUGAACUGUAUAAUUAUCACCAUUAAAGACUAAAGCAUGCAUGUGUCACAAAUAUAAGGGCUGUCUGGCCAUGAGGAUGCUGGCGAACUGAAGGUCCAGCCCCAAAUCUGGAACCUAUAAACCUCAGACAUCCCUGCAACAUUAGGCACAGUUCUCCUCAUUGGCUGAGAGCGCCACUUACCCCCUUUUCUCCAUCACCCGCCCAACUAAUGUAUACUUCCUGAUUUCCUGGCUGUUCCAGGCCAGGCCACACCCUCCGAAAGUCUGCGAAGCCAAUGAGGAGCGACCGCAGGCCCGAGGGUUAGCGUUUGGCUAUAAAAAAGGCGGAGGUGGACCUGCCUGUCAGAGGACUUCUUGUUGCUCUGUCUGGUCGGCAAAAGGAGGGAAUGUAAAAGUGUGACAUUUAACAAGGUAAAGCAGGACGCAGGGCAGCCGGGGGGGGGGAGGGACCCCAGUCUGAUGGAGCUUCAGCAACUGUGAUUUUGUUGGACGAAGGAGAAAAGCGUGACUUGUUGAGUGUCAGCAGACCGUGAAAACGAGCCAUACCUAAACCACUCGGCGAAGCGGAGGUCGGACACCGCCAUGAGAGAAGAGGUGUCCUGCACCAACUCCCCUGAAGGAGGGCUGGGGGCCAGUGAAGAGGAGCUGGAGAGGGCAUCGAAGAAGACCCUCCAACAGGCAAACCGAAAGCGCUCCCCCUACCCAAAGAAGGACAGCGUCAGUCAGACGGAGGAGAGCAGCACCGGCAGCACCAACAGCCUCCUGCCGUCCGGGCCGAAGAGGCUCAAGAAGAGCCCCUCAACCAUCGUGUCGUUGGCGCCCACGUCUCUGGGGCCGAGGCCAGAGCCGCCCUUUGAGGAGCUCCACUCUCAAAGGGUAAUCGCCAACGUGCGAGAGCGCCAACGCACCCAGUCCCUGAACGACGCCUUUGCCUCCUUACGCAAGAUCAUCCCAACGCUACCCUCAGACAAGCUGAGCAAGAUCCAGAUCCUGAAGCUGGCCUCACGCUACAUCGACUUCCUGUACCAGGUGCUGCAGAGCGACGAGAUGGACGCCAAGCUGGCCAGCUGCAACUACCUGGCCCACGAGAGACUCAGCUACGCCUUCUCCGUUUGGAGGAUGGAGGGGGCCUGGGCCAUGUCCACCAGCCACUAGGACCCCUCUAAACUCAUCUCAUACACCCUCUCGUGUCCACACCUCCACCUCCCUCCCUUCCCAAGCCCUCUGUCUGUGUUUGACCUCUGACCCUCUGAACCUCCUUUUUCUGCAUGGUCUGAUCUUAACCUUUUUACCUAAAACCUUUGCAUACAUUUUUUUUCUGUGCUGCAUAAUGUUUCAUUUAUCAGCUAAAUAUAUGUUGCUGCAACCACCAUCCCUCCCUCCACCUCUACCUCCACCUCCACCUCACCUCUGCUGCUCCCUCUUCUCUUCCUCGUCUGUCCCUGAGUUUAGUCCAGAGCAGCGAGUCACGACACUGCGGCUUCUCAGAAAUCUCCACAACCUGGAAUUCCCUAAACUACAAGGAAGAUUCACUUGAAACUUUCAAAAGAUUUCUCCUGUUUCUUCCCAUCCUUAUGUGGUUCCUUCCUCUUUUUUUUUUUUCCUCCUGGACUUUUGCUCGACUCAAGAUAACGGGACUCAGCGGCGGUUGCUUCAGCAAGUGCCUCUGAGACUGUUUGUGGAGACGUGACGGCGAACUGCAGGACAUUUGAAAUAAUUAGAAUAAAAGAUAGAAAAUAAUGAGAAGGAAAAAAAACAAAACCAAAACAGCUGGCCUGAGGUGACAAUGAAACAAAAUGGCUGCUGGAUGGAGCGCCUUCGAUAACACCGCAAUGAUAACCGUCAUCCCAUUUCCCCCCCUGACUCUUCUCUCUUCGGAUGACUCACAGCCUGACAGACAUUAGGAUGACUAAUGAUAAUGGCACAGUGAUGGUUAGAGGGCGGUCACAGCCAAUUUAUGUUUACAGCUAAAAUGCUAAUAAGCUAAUCGCUCUGGCUCUAAAAGGCGGGAAUCUGGUGCAGAUCCUUUUUGGUUUGCUGCAGUAACUGGAUCGCUCUCCUGGUUAUUUUUAAUUUUUUUUAAACAUAUCUUGUUUUGGUGUGCGUACACGCUGUUUUGCUUAAACCCUGCUUACCGCUUUAUUCUGUUUCAAACCACUGAUCACAGUUCAGCUAAUUGUUUGUUUUAUUAGCAGGCUGUCUGUCUUUAGAGAGUGUUGCAGCUUUGAAAUAUCUCUGCAAAGCUUAAUUAAAAAAUAAUGCACCAGCGAACCUCUCAGAAAGUGUGCCAAAGCGUUGAGGGUGUGAUUACACGCAGAUUAGAGCAGAUACAUUUGUAACUGUGGGUCCAAUUGCUUUUGAUCAUGUUCCUUUUGUACUGUUUUUUUUUUUUCCCAUUUGCUUUUCAUCAUUUGUCUUGUGAACAAUAAAGUUUUACUCAGCGCUGUA